GCCCUGCUGCUGCUGCUGCUGCCGGCCGGCCGCCCGGUGCGGGCGCAGAACGACACGGAGCCCAUCGUGCUGGAGGGCAAGUGCCUGGUGGUGUGCGACUCGAGCCCGUCGGCGGACGGCGCGGUCACCUCCUCCCUGGGCAUCUCCGUGCGCUCCGGCAGCGCCAAGGUGGCCUUCUCCGCCACGCGGAGCACCAACCACGAGCCGUCCGAGAUGAGCAACCGCACCAUGACCAUCUACUUCGACCAGGUAUUAGUAAAUAUUGGCAACCACUUCGACCUUGCCUCCAGUAUAUUUGUAGCUCCGAGAAAAGGCAUUUAUAGUUUCAGUUUCCACGUGGUCAAAGUGUACAACAGACAGACCAUCCAGGUCAGUUUGAUGCAGAAUGGGUACCCAGUGAUCUCAGCCUUUGCGGGGGACCAGGACGUCACCAGAGAAGCCGCCAGCAAUGGCGUCCUGCUGCUGAUGGAGAAAGAGGACAAAGUGCAUCUCAAACUGGAGAGGGGCAACCUCAUGGGGGGCUGGAAGUACUCCACGUUCUCGGGCUUCUUGGUGUUUCCUCUAUAAACACAGAGCCCCCAGAAGGUGGGGAAGUUGCGAUCUGGACCCAGGACUCCGCCCUUCCUAACACCCCCGAACUUGCCAGAAUAGGACCAUUUGUUUCCAACCUCCGUCAGACUGUUGAGGUAGAAGAAAGAUUUCCUUCUAAAUCUCCAGUAUUUUCUUUGAAUAUUGACCAUUCCUCGGGAACCUGGCUUCUAAUUAGUUUUAGACGACAAGGUCUUAAGGAGAAAUGAAAUUAUCGAUCUGAGCAAUUUGUACCUGUGAUUGUAAAGUCAAUACUGGAUUUUAUUGUCGGGACCGUGGACUUUUCUUCCUUUUGUUUGUACGUUGUAUUGUUGCCCCAGCGAGGAGCACCAUUGAUCUCCAGGAUGGAUUGCAGGUUGCGGGCGGGGCUCCGAGCAAGAGCCCCGCAAAUCACCACCCUCGGGAUAGCCCUUGAAAUGUGUUCUUUGUGUGUCUGUUCAGCCUUAAGGAAAAGAAUGGCUUCACUUUCAUUCUGUAUUUUCCCCCGGGGUGGACGGGAGGCCUCGGGUGGGGGAAGGGGACAUUGUGAAUCUGUCAAGAAGUGCUUUAUCCGGAGAAGCAAAUUUUGCACGAUGAAACUGCGACUUUUGCUUUGUACCGUUUAUGUGUGUGGGGUUCUUUUUGUUGGUGGUGUUCUUUUUUCUUCUGGAAAAGCUUUACGUUUCUUUCCACACUCAGCUCUCCCUUCUUACCCUUACUUCUAUUUUUCGUACUGGGGUGGGGAAGAGAAACGUAUGUUGAAUUCUUGAAUGAGACCAAACGAAACCAAACAAAACGAAACACCUGUGUAUUUUGUUGUGGAUGAGACCGCACCAAACCGUAACAGGUGGACACUUUUGCUUAUUCUUUCAAAGAGAUUCUCUCAGAUGCACCUUUAGAACUAACAAGCAGGAUUUGUUUUUCUUAACGCUCUGGAAUACUUUAAGAACUUGAUGUUCCUGGGUGGCCCGAAUCCUGUAAGAUGAGCAUGAGAGCCGUAAUAACCAAGCCCCCUAAACCAUGCUUCCUUGGCCCAGCGUACCUGGGUCUCCCCAGCAGCCUGUCUUCAUCUGUCUGCACCCACCUGCAUCAGUACACCUGGAUCUGGUGUUUCAAAGCCACAGGACCCCCAGAAUCCUCCUCUGCUCCACCGACAAGGAGGAGCACCUGGAGAGAAGGCACCUGGGAGUCACCGCGGUUACAGGUAUUGGCAGAGGCCCCCCAGGAGCAGCUUUGCAAAGCCUUCCUGUUUGGGCACCUCAUACAACAAUAAGGUUAGGCUCCGGCUGGGAGUUGAUGGGUGCAGGAUUCAUAUGCCAAGGAAAUCUUGCUGAUCCCAAAGCAAUCCAAGAAGAGACCUCACAGCGGAUGUUAAUUUGUCCUUUGUGUAACAAUGUAACCAAAAUAUUGAUGAUAAAAAGUCAUAAUUUAAGAUUCAGAAUAAAUGAGUUGGAUGUCUGGCUUGGUCUUCUCCCCUCCUCCCUUCACAUCGUCUCUCCACUCCUCAAAUGUCUAGACACACAGGCCAAGAAUCAAGGACUCGGGAAGGGGACGCUUACACUGUACCUCUUUACAACACACACCCAGAUGCAAAGCCCCACGUCUAGAUCUGUGGGUCUAGAUGGAGACUGCACACUGAAAUAUAUUUCAGUUUAUACAUGUGUAUUUUUCACACAGGAAGAUGUUGGGGGGAGACAGUAUGUGAAAAAGACAGCAAAUGCUUUAUGGACAGGCAAUCUGCUAUUAGCACAUAGAAUCCUUGAUGUGGUGCAAGUUCCAAUCCAAUAUUUCAAUCAGAGGACAUGGGUAUACAAGAAACCGACAUUUCACUACAGCAUCAAUUGUUUCUAGGGUAGUAUGAACGCGGGGAAGCAUUGACUUCCAUUUUCAAAUUAGAAAUGCAGCAAGAAUUACAGAAAUGAAAAAAAAAUCUAGUUUGAUGAAGGUUCUAAGUUUUUCUGGUCUUGGACAGCAUAGUAAGAUACUCAAUCAUCUAAUUAAUUAGAAUGCAAAUGUUAUUACAUUUUCUUAGGAAAAAAAUCAAGAAACAUCAAGCAAAACUAUGUUGGGUAUUUUGGAUCUGUGAUUAGGAGACACACUUCUAAGUAUGAGCCUUGUUUAUUAGUGCAGAUAACAUUGACAGUUCGACCCGAGCGGAUACUGUACAUGUGUGUUUUACUGCCCUUCGUGAAUGAAUUAGUCCUCUGGUCCCUCAUCGUUUAAACCUUCCGUUCCGUGUUCAGUUUCAAACAGGCAGCAAACGUCAUCAUAUCGCCCUUCAGAGAUUGAAAAAUAUAUGAGUACUUGUUAUUUUUAUUGCUUACUACGAUGUAAUGCGUAUAUUUGUAUUUACAGCUUUACUACCUACAGGUUGUUAUUUGGUUAUGCUGUCUAAUAAAUAAGUUAUUGAAUCGAUCAACCUAAAA